GACAGCCCCUAAGGCUGGGCUGGAGCAGGGUGGGAGCAGAGGAGCGCCAAGGAACAGGGCUGCGGUGUAGCCAAGGUUCCUGUGGAGGAGAAAGUCCCCAGAGCUGCAGGGGGAAUUAAAGGCCGGAGGAGCUGCCAGCAGGAAGGUGCUGUGAGGUGCCGGGUGCUGCUGAAGCCAUGUGGAUGAUCGUGGGGCUGGCCCUCCUGGGCCUCGCGGCGGCCGUGCCCUCGGAGGACAGGAAGCUGAGCGACAAGGCCACCACGCUGGCCGAGCGCAGCACCACGCUGGCCUUCAACCUCUACCACGCCAUGGCCAAAGACAAGGACAUGGAGAACAUCCUGCUGUCCCCCGUGGUGGUGGCCUCGUCCCUGGGGCUGGUGUCGCUGGGGGGCAAGGCCACAACGGCGUCGCAGGCCAAGGCGGUGCUGAGCGCGGACAAGCUGAACGACGAGUACGUGCACAGCGGGCUGGCCGAGCUGCUCAGCGAGGUCAGCAACAGCACCGCCCGCAACGUCACCUGGAAGAUCGGCAACCGCCUCUACGGGCCCGCCUCCAUCACCUUCACCGAGGACUUCGUCAAGAACAGCAAGAAGCACUACAACUACGAGCACUCCAAGAUCAACUUCCGAGACAAGAGGAGCGCCCUCAAGUCCAUCAACGAGUGGGCAGCACAGACCACGGAUGGGAAACUCCCAGAGGUCACCAAAGAUGUGGAGAAAACUGAUGGGGCCCUGAUCGUCAAUGCCAUGUUCUUCAAGCCUCACUGGGAUGAGAAGUUCCAUCAUAAGAUGGUGGACAACCGUGGCUUCAUGGUGACCCGUUCCUACACCGUAGGCGUGCCCAUGAUGCACCGCACAGGUCUCUACAAUUACUACGAUGAUGAGGCAGAGAAGCUCCAGGUGGUAGAGAUGCCACUGGCUCACAAGCUCUCCAGCAUGAUCUUCAUCAUGCCAAACCACGUGGAGCCUCUGGAGAGAGUGGAGAAACUGCUGAACAAGGAGCAGCUCAAGACAUGGACUAGCAAGAUGAAGAAGAGAUCAGUGGCCAUCUCGCUGCCAAAAGUGGUCCUGGAAGUCAGCCAUGACCUGCAGAAACACCUGGGUGGUCUGGGCCUGACAGAAGCCAUUGACAAAACCAAGGCUGACUUGUCCAAGAUCUCUGGCAAGAAAGACCUUUACCUGUCCAACGUGUUCCACGCCGCGGCUCUGGAGUGGGACACGGAAGGGAACCCCUACGACGCCGACAUCUACGGCCGAGAGGAGAUGAGGAACCCCAAACUCUUCUACGCUGACCACCCCUUCAUCUUCAUGAUCAAGGACACUAAAACCAACUCCAUCCUCUUCAUCGGCAGGCUCGUGAGGCCCAAAGGCGACAAGAUGCGCGACGAGUUGUAGUUGGGUUUGUUUUGGUUGGGUUGUUUUUUCCCAGAGCUUUGGUUUGUGUGUUUUUAGGGGGGCAUUUUGACAAACGGGAAACACUAUUUUGUAUCCUUCUCGAACCAUGGGUGCUAUUCAGACCAGGGUGCAUUGUGAGGAGAAACCAGCAUACACUUUACCUCACCCCACGAUCCAGAUUGCACAAACCCACCUCCAGCGAGGAGCAGGGGAGCCUGGCACCAGAGGGUCACCGGGAGUCAGCUGAGGUGGCCAGGUUGAAGCUGAGCUCCUCCCUGCACUGGUUAAGCCUCCUGCUCAGCUCCUUGCUGCUCCACCAGCCCUGCCAAGGCACCACCCUCCCAUCCCAAACGCUUCCACCCCACUGCACGCUUACCGCUGCCGCUUUUCUCCUGCUUGCGUGCCCCGUGGCACCGCUCUAGAGCUGGUCCUGCUUCUCUCUUCUCUCUCCAGGGGUGUGUAACAGAGCUUCAAGGGCCAGCUGUGCAGUCCAGCCCCUGCAGGGCCCUGGAGCAGGGCAGGAGGCAGCACAGGAGAAUGGAGAUUGUAUGGAAUUGUGUCCUUCUGUCCUGCAGCCUAACCCUGUGCUCUGCCCUCGAUGCUUCAAUCACAAGAGCUCCUUAGGGAGAGCAUCAAAGCCAAGAGCAGCUUGGAUCAACACUUCAUGGAGAACUAAGGGGCUUUGGGAUGUCAGGGAGAGCCCAAAGCACAGCCUGGGUUUCUAGAAAGAGUAACCUGUGGCUCCUUCAACACUCCACCCCUUGGGAUCACUGAGGGGGCAAGAGCUGUAAUGAAACAGGCAGUUGUACCAGGCAGAGAACUCACUUCUCUUGGAAAUGCUCUGCAUCAGCCUGUAGGGCUGGCAAAGACUCCAUUCCACUGCCAGGGCUCUCCCAGAGCUGGCUCCAGUCAGCUCCCUGUGGGGCUGACCCAAGGCACUCCUGGCUGGCUUCUCACAGGGAGGUGGGAUCACGUUCACCUCCACUUUCUUGCUUAAUUAAACACAAAGCUUUAAAGCUG